UGGCCUCUCAGCAGGUGAUUAUGGGAGUUUGAUGGUCCAUCAGUCCUAGUUUAAGGUAUCAGUGAUGACAGGAGGAGACCAUGGUGUAGCAAUUAAGUCCUUGUUGACAGUGUAUCAGGAUAACUGGCAGGAUGAUUAAAAAGAGAUACUUCAUCCAGGAACCUCAGGUGAAGGAGUACCUGGUCAAAGGGGAGAGGUUUAUUAAGUGGCGCGAUGACUCAACACGCACCGCACCUGUCACUCUGAAGAUGGACCCAAAGGGAUUCUACCUCUACUGGACUAAUCAGAGCAAGGAAACAGAGUUUGUGGAUGUGGCGACAAUCAGGGACACAAGAUCAGGGAAAUAUGCUAAACUCCCAAAACAUCCUAAGGUUCGCAAUGUCCUGAACAUGGACUUUCCUGACAGCAAUCAUUUAGCCAAAACCCUGACCGUAGUGUCAGGCCCCGACAUGGUGAACCUGACAUAUCACAACUUUUUUGCCAACAAAGAGAAAAUAGUGCAGAACUGGGAGGCAGACAUCUUGGCUGUCGCCUAUAACCCACACAGAGCCAAUGCCUGCAGACAGGUCUUCCUGGAUAAAAUAUACGUUCGACUUACCCUGCAGACCAACAAAGAUGGCAAGAUCCCUGUCAAAAUCUUCUAUAAGAUGUUCCCAGCUGAUAAGAAGAGGGUUGACAGUGCAUUGGCUGCAUCCGGUUUACCCAAAGGAAAAUUCGACAGUGUCAAGAUGGAGGUCUUCACAGAGGAAAAGUACAAGGAGUUUCUCAUGAAUUUAUGUCCACGACCAGAGAUUUAUGAAAUCUUCACGUCAUACUCUGCUAAGGCCAAGCCCAUCAUGACAAAGGAGGUCCUGGCCAAGUUCCUGAAUGAGAAGCAGCGCGACUCUCGUCUCAAUGAGGAGCUCUACCCACCCCUGAGGUUGGACCAGGUCAAAACCGUCAUCGAGAACUAUGAGCCCACCCCUGCCAACAUCAACAGGGGCCAGAUAUCUCCAGAGGGCCUGAUGCAGUAUCUGAUUGGGCCUGAGACGUCUGUGGUUGUCCAGGACAAACUGGCCCAGAGCCAUGACAUGAAGGAGCCACUCAACCACUACUUCAUCAAGUCCUCCCACAACACUUACCUCACCGCGGGCCAGUUCUCCGGCAUCUCGUCCCCAGAGAUGUACCGGCAGUGCCUGCUGUCCGGCUGCCGCUGCCUGGAGCUGGACUGCUGGAAGGGCAAGCCACCCGACGAGGAGCCAAUCAUCACCCACGGCUUCACCAUGACAACCGAGAUCCUCUUCAAGGAUGUGAUCGAGGCCAUUGCUGAAAGCGCUUUCAAAACCUCCCAAUACCCCGUCAUCCUGUCCUUUGAGAACCAUGUGGACUCGGUGAAGCAGCAGGAGAAAAUGGCCAACUACUGCAGGACACUAUUUGGAGACGCUCUACUGGCAGACCCCCUGGACAAAUACCCAAUGAAGCCAGGUCAUCCCAUCCCGAGCCCAUCUGAGCUCAUGGGAAAGAUCCUCAUCAAGAACAAGAAGGGAAACACAGCCACUGCCAUGCCCAAUGCAAAGAAAACCCCAGGGUCAGAGCAGACCAACAAACCAGCAGAAGUUGCCCCUUCUACGGCCCCCGAUCCAGUAACUCCUGCCCCUGAGGAUGAGGAGGAGCAGGAGCUGCAGGAUGAGCAGGACGAGGAGAAGAUGAAGAACUCAGAUGAGGGAACAGCUGGUCAGGAAGUGACAGCAUAUGAGGCGAUGUCAUCAAUAGUCAACUACAUACAGCCCAAUAAAUUUGUCUCCUUUGAGGUGGCCAGAAGGAAAAAUAAGAGCUACAACGUCACCUCAUUUGUGGAGACCAAAGGAGAGAGUCUCAUCGCCAAAUCGGCUGUGGAGUUUGUAGAGUACAACAAGAGGCAGAUGAGUAGGAUCUACCCUAAAGGCACCAGGAUGGACUCCUCCAACUACAGCCCCCAGCCCUUCUGGAACGCAGGCUGCCAGAUGGUGGCGCUAAACUACCAGACCAUGGAUUUUCCUAUGCAGCUCAACAUGAGUCUGUUUGAGUACAACGGAAGAACAGGGUAUCUCCUGAAGCAUGACUUGCUGCGGAGGAACGACAAGAAGUUUGACCCAUACAGUGAUAGGCUUGACACCAUUGUGGCCAACACACUGAGCAUCAAAAUCUACUCUGGGCAGUUCUUGUCUGAUAAGAGCGUGAAGACUGGGGUUGAAGUCGAGAUUAUUGGAUUGCCAGGAGACCAAAAACGCAAGUUCCGCACCAAGUGGUGUAUGAAUCCCAACUCAAUCAACCCCGUAUGGACUGACGAGCCUUUUGUCUUUGAAAAGAUCCUGUUUCCUGAGAUGGCUUCACUAAGGAUCGUGGCCUACGAGGAGGGAGGGAAGUUUCUGGGCCACAGGAUCAUCCCCGUCGAUGCCAUCCAGUCAGGCUUUCAUCACAUUUGUUUACGGAGUGAGAGCAACCUCCCCCUCACCCUUCCCGCCCUUUUCGUGCACAUCGAAGUGAAGGACUACAUCCCUGCAGGUUUCGCCGAUUUCACGGAUGCUUUGUUCAACCCAGUGAAGCAUUCAGACAAGCCAGCGAAGACACAGGAGUCGUCGGCAUAUGUCAGCCCCUAUGAGCUUCCCAUUUCUAACACGACACCGCCUGCAGUAGACAAAGCUACGCCACCGUCUUCUCCACCUGUGGCAGAUGUUAAGGUCAGUGAGGAUCCAGAAGAGGGCGCUAUCCUACCUCCACCACCAGGAGAGGAAUGUCCUGUAUCUGCUGCUGCUGCUGCUUCUGCCGCUGCCACCUCUGGCUCCCCCUCAGCUACAGAGGAGAGCAACCCCAAUGCCACCUCUGGCUCCCCCUCAGCCACAGUCAUAGAGGAGAGUAACCCCACUCCACCUCCUGAGCCCCCGACACAGCCAGAGACAUCUCCCGUCUCUCCUCCAGACCCUCCCACUCUCUUCGGCCCAGCCUCAGACUCCACAGAUGCUGCCAGCACCCUGACACCCCCUGAAGCAGAGGCCCCAGACACAGAGCCACCCUCUGUCCCAGAGACGGAUGCCUCAGAUGAGCCUCUUACGACUGGGAGUGCGGAGGAGACGGAGGCCGAUCCCCCCUCUGAGCCCCCCACUGGGGUUGAAGUGGCCCCUGGAGAAGUGGCCUUAAACCCGCUGGUUUCCAACGCAUCUGCUGACCCAACAGAGCCCUCCACUGUGUCCUCAGAGGAACUGCUCCAGCACAAGAGCUUCCUGAAGGUCACCAAGAGGCAGGAGAAGGAGCUGAAGGAGCUGGAGAGAAAGUUCCAGAAGAAAGAGGAGGAACUGACUCAGAAAUACAGCGACCAGUUCAAGUCCCUCAAGAAGAAGACCUCCCUGAAGAAGAAAGAGAGAGAUGAUGACGACGGCGCUGUUGUUAUGGAGCGCGUGCUGGAGCUGAAGGAAAAGAUGCAGCUGGAGCUAAGGCCUCUGUGGGUGGAGCAGCAUCACCUCCUGAGGAAGAGGAAGGAGCAGCAUGCCACCGAGUGCCUGACCAAGCUGCUGGAGAUGGCCACGGAGAGACACACCGGCGAACUCAAAGCCCUGCACAGUGAGGACAAAGAGACUAGGAAGAAAUCAGGAUCAGCGAAGGGCAGGCUGAAGAAGAGCAAGAGUUGCGAGCUGCUUGAUGAAGACGUCCCUGAAAUUAAAGUGGCUGAAGACAGCAUGAGCACACAGGAAGAUGCCCUGAGGAAGAAACAGGCUGCCACUCUGGAGAAAUUCAGAUGCUUUGUUAACAAGCUGAGUGGUGAAGCCCUGGAGGAGCACGGGGAGAAAAUGAGGUCGCUGCCGCGUGACGUGACAGUGGCGGUGAACGCCUGCAUGGGGACCCACUUCCCCGACCAGGUGGAGCAGAUCGCAGAUUGUAAGCAGGGGAAGGUCGGCCAGUAUGGAAACGUUUUCCUGGGUUGAACGCACCCCGCUGGCCUUCGUCCCACUGUGACACACAUCAGGGAAUUAUACACUGAAUCUUCUCUUUCAUAAUACAAAACUUGUUUGUGAUGUUUAUUUUAUAUGUGAUUGGUUCAAAGGUGAUGUAUUUUUAGUUCGUUUGAGUUGAUAUGUGGUAUUUAUGAAAUCCCUCUGAAACAUCAUAUUUCUAGUUUUUAGAGUACAUGCUAUAUUUUAUUUCCCCUAUCAGAAGAUGUGAGAUUCAAUAAGUGUGAGCGUAUAUUGUCUCUUACAGUACAGUACAUUUUACAUCUUAAUAGUGAAAGGAUCCCUUUUAUGACUCAGAGGGUGGGGUGAGGUGUGGGCGACUAAUGGAGCUGUUAUGUUUUUUUUUAAAGCACAGGCAGUUAGCAUCUCAAUACAAUUUGCACAUCAGUUGAGGGUGUCUGGUGGCGGUGGUGGCGGUGGUGGCGGUGGCGG